CUAAAUAAAAAUUAUUUUUCAUUUUUCAAAAGAUUAUAAAGUUCAUCAUAUAUAAAGACUUCGAAAUCUAAAACAGGGUGAGAGAGAUACAAGAGAACAAACAAAAAAAAAAAGCAAAUAAUUUUUUCUUUUUAAAUUAAAAAUAAUAAAAUCCCUAAAAACUGCGAGCGUGUUGUUUGUUAGGCUAGUGAAGGGAGGAGGAAGGAUGAUGAAGGAAGAAGAAGAAGCAGUAACAUCGAACGGCAUGAACGACGACGACGAUAUUUACAGUCGCGGUGAUUCUGGUAACAAUCGUAUCGGAGACGAUAACUGUAAUCUCAAUCAGAUCAGUCAAGUGUGGGGAACGUGGGAGGAGCUUGUGUUAACAUGCGCCGUUAAACGCCAUGGUGAUACCGAUUGGGACUCCGUCGCCAAGGAGGUUGGGUCCCGGAGUUCUCUCAACGCCUCCGCCCCGAAUUGCAGGCUCAAGUAUCAAGAUCUCAAACGUCGGUUCCAAGAUCCCGUCGACGGUGGCGGCGACGACGAUGGAGAAAAAAACAGCGAAGCGGCGGCGGAGGAUGAUAGAGACGGUGAAAUCCCCUGGCUCGAGCAGUUACGGAGUCUUCGUGUGGCGGAGCUCCGGCGAGAGGUUCAGCGAUGUGACGACUCGAUACUGUCGCUUCAGUUAAAAGUUAAGAAAUUAGAGGAGGAGAAAGACGGAAAUGAUGGAGACGAUAAACCAGAUCUGGAAGACGACGCUAUGGCGGUUCGAUCGCGGAGCAACGAAACCGAACCGGCGAGACUUAACCGGGACACGACGGAGUCUGAAAACCGGUCGAUGAACGAGUCGAAUUCGACAGCCUCCGUCGAUAAAAUCGCCGAUCACGAACGAUUAGGCGGGGAUAGGAAGGUUAAUGCUAACGAGAAUUCGAGAAAUCCAGAUCCUGAUCCUGCUUUUAAGGCGGCGGAAAUGGAAGAAGGAACGGUAAGUAGAAGAUCGGAGAUGAGUCACUCGGGCGAGUUGGGCGAAUCGGGAACGUCCACGGUUCAUGGGAAGAGGAGGAAAGGACAUAAGUACAGGACCGGCGAGGAUACUAGUACCCGCGGUGGAAGCGGCGGUGAUAUCAAAUCGGCCGGAAAUAAAUCACAGCCGUUGAUAGAAAUCAUUAAGCUGAUUCGGUCUCAUCCUCGUGGAUCCGUGUUCGAAUCCCGGCUUCGGAGCCAGGAGACGAAGGAUUACAAGAGAUUGAUAAGGCAGCAUUUGGACAUUAAAACAAUAGAGAAGAAGAUGGAGAAAGGAUCUUAUGUUUCUUCAGGUCUCUCCUUUUACAGAGACCUCAUACUUCUCUUCACAAAUGCCAUUGUUUUCUUUUCUCCAUCUUCUUCCGAGUCCAUGGCUGCACAAGAGCUAAGAACCCUCGUUUCUAACAAAAUGAAGAAAGCAACCGGAAAAUCGGGUCACCGUGUCAUCAAAGAAAAAUCUGAAUCGUCGGAUAGUAGACAGAAAUCCUCUGCUGCUCCUCCUCUUGUUGUCUGUAAGAAGAAGAGUUCUGCUUCGAAAAAGACGUCUCCUUCUUCAAGCUUAAAACAAAAAGAUGAGAAGAAAUCUCAGGAAGUUUCAGAGGUGGAGAAGACUGUGACUACUGCUGUUGCUGCAAGAAGCUCGAGGAGAAUGAGCAAAGGUAUCGGUGUUGCUGCCAAAGAUACCAAAAUGGGAAGAGCCAAAAAUAAUAACAAGAAACAAACGGAUUCAAAAACAGAUUCAUCGAAUUAUGAUGAUGAUGAUGAUAAGGAAGAGACUCCUAAGACAGAGAAGAAGACAGUAGAUAAGAAGAAGAGUGUGGUUGAAUUCCUGAAGCGAAUAAAAAAGAACUCCCCACAGAAAGGAAAAGAAACAACGAGUAAAGGUGAGAAGAAGAGUGAUGGUAAGGUUAAGAAAGAGAACAGUAAAGCUAAACCGAGGGAAUUGAGGAGUAACAGCACAGGUAAGAAGAAGGUUGAGAUAGAGAAUAAUAGUAAUAAGAGUUCAUUGAAACGAAAACAGUCGAAAAAGGAAGCAGAGGAAGUGACUGCUGCAGCUACGGGAAAACGGGGUAGGGAAUCAGGAAAAGAGUAUCAACAGCCAAAGAAAAGAAGCAGAAGAUGAAAUCAGAUUAUUCGUCGUGGUGGUUUAGGUAUUGUACAUUUGAUAUGCCAUAAGUAUUCAUCAAUCCUCUUUACACUAGUGUUUUGGAGGGAUUCAUAGAUCUUGUUAGGUAUUUAUUUCUCAUAAUUACCAGGUUAGUGUUUUUAUUUUACAAAACCUGAAAGCCGGUUAAGACUUUUGGAAAUGAAAAACCUCAAAAUAUAUUAUU